AAUGUGGUGCUCGCACCACGUGACUCUUUCUCCUCCUCAUUUCCGAUACUAUAUAACCCAUCGCUUGUCUUCCACUCUCUGCUGCCAAUAACAUCAGAAAACCCUAGCGUUUCUCGGCUCUUCUACAAAUCUUUGUCUAUUCAACUCUUAAGGAAUCUUGCAGGUCUUGCUUCUAUCUGCGUUCAAGGUGAAGUUGAGCUUGUCGACGUUGAAGUUCCGUUUAUGUCCAUAUUAGCCAUUUACGAUUUGGGAUUGAUCGGGUUGCUUGGACUAUAUUGUCCUUCGUCAAGAAAAAAGAAAAGAUCCUUGUCAGGCAAACAAGACUAUAUGCAUCUCGGGGCAUUUAAAAAAUAUCAGGAGUUCCAUUAUUGCAACUGGUUUCAACCUUUCCUGACUGCUAAAGAUCAGUCCUAUCUUCUCCAAAAAGCCUCAGAAGACAAUAUUGCUGCUGCCUGCCUUUCCAGUUCCAGCAUUUUCCGUGUGUGACAGUUAGCCUUCCAGUCUGCAUUGAGUCAAGAUGGCUUUACAAAACAUUGGUGCUGGAAAUAGUGACGAUGCCUUCUACAGGUAUAAGAUGCCAAAAAUGAUAACCAAAAUUGAGGGUCGAGGAAAUGGCAUCAAAACAAAUGUUGUGAACAUGGUUGAUAUUGCUAAGGCUUUGGCAAGGCCUGCCUCUUAUACAACAAAGUAUUUUGGGUGCGAGCUUGGUGCACAAUCCAAGUUUGAUGAGAAAACUGGAACAUCUCUUGUUAAUGGUUCUCAUGACACUGCUAAGCUUGCUGGCCUUUUAGAGAUUUUCAUCAAGAAAUAUGUGCAGUGUUAUGGCUGUGGAAAUCCAGAGACUGAGAUAGUGAUUACUAAGAAUCAAAUGUUACAGUUAAAUUGUGUUGCCUGUGGUUUUGUAUCAGAUGUGGAUAUGAGAGAUAAGCUCACCACUUUCAUUUUGAAGAACCCGCCAGAACAGAAAAAGGGAUCCAAAGACAAGAAGGCAAUGAGGAGAGCAGAGAAAGAACGAUUGAAGGAGGGUGAAGCUGCUGACGAAGAGCUGAAGAAACUGAAGAAGGAAGGGAAAAAGAAAGGUUCCUCUUUGAAGGAUGGCAACACAAAAGCCAGCUCUGCAAAGAAGAAAGCAGUUGGGUCAGAUGAUGAUCGCGUAUCUCCACCUCGCAGCCAGGUCGAUGAGAAGGAAGAGGCUAGGGAUGAUGAUGGCGACAAUGUCCAGUGGCAAACUGAUACAUCUCUUGAGGCAGCUCGUCAGCGUAUCCAAGAGCAGUUGAAUGCUGUGACUGCUGACAUGGUGAUGCUUUCUACAGACGAAGCGGAGAAGAAGGCAAAGACAAAUAGCAAUUUGAAUGACAAUCCACAUCAAGAGAAGCCCAAGGCUGAGAACGGGAAUUCAAACACUCACCAAACCCUUGUUGCUGAGCUGAAAGCAAAUAUAAAAAAAGGUGUUUCUGCAAACGAAAUACAAUCUCGUCUAGGAUCUAUUUCUAGGUCCUCUCAGGAAAAAAUAACUGCUCUAUUUGAAGCUCUCUUUGACGGUGUUGAGAAGGGGUUUGCAAAGGAAGUUGUCAAGAAGAAAACAUACCUUGCUGCAGCUAUUGCACACAAUGAGGGAUCACAAUUGCUUCUUCUUCGAGCAAUGGAAGCAUUUUAUUUAAAGUCUACAGCGAGUGCAUUGAAGGAAUCGGCUCUGGUUCUGAAGGCACUCUACGAUGCUGAUAUUUUGGAGGAAGAAUUCAUAUUGCAGUGGUAUGGUGAAGGACUAAAUGGAGGCAACAAGGACGCUGACCUAUGGAAGAAAGCUGAACCUUUCAUCGAUUGGCUUCAGAAUGCUGAGUCAGAAUCUGAGGAGGAAUAAAUUUCGCUCUCUGGUGUUUGCUUACAGGUGUUUGUUGGUAAGUCUGCUACUAUGGUUUAUGAAUAAAGGGAUCUUUUUGUGUGUUGAAUUCAUGUUUUUAAGUACUACCCGGGCUUGUUUGAUGAGGAGGUUACUUGAACCUAGUUGUUAAAUGUGUUGUGGGUUCUUUAUGUCGUAUACUGGAAUAUGGUAUCUGUGUGCAGUUUAUUAAUAUCUGAACUUCAGCAGCUGAUGCUUCUCGUUGCUAUGUUUUUCUCAAACUUUCCGAUAUUUGUUGUCCUAAUAAUAUGUGGUGGUAAUUUAGUAACA